AUGGCUGAUCCAGCCGACGAGUUCAGGUCUUCGGACAUUGAGGUAGAGGAAGUCCCUGAUGCGUUCGCAGGACUAGGAGCCAGCAGUCUGGCUAGAGCGCUCCAGUAUGCAACGGAGGACCGGAAGUCUACCAAGAUCGCCUACAAACAGCGUCCCAAAUACUACGGUUCCCCAAAAACACAGAUGGCACAGGCAAUAUGGGGUAAUCGAUUCCGCGGCUUCUUGAGUACAACACUCCACGUUGGGCCCGGCACGAUGCCUAAAGCUGAGCACAUUAUCAGAUUCAUUUACGCCUUCCCAGACUACAUCUCGGCGCGAUCGCCAUCGGGUAUGGUCUCAUGGACUACACUGACGGACGGUAUUGCCUGGGUGAUCAAGUCAAUCCAGUUCACUCAUCCUGAUUUUAGAAUCAAGAGCGGGGAGGCAGCCCAGAUCAAAGCAGUAUUCACCGAUCUCUUGAACAAGAACGUCAUCACAAAAGACCGCUGGAGAGAAUCCCGCUGGAUGUCCAGUCGACUUGUGUUCCUCAUCACAACCGCAUACAUUCAGAACGCCGCCGACCAUGGAUGUAGGACUUGGGACUAUGUCCUACAAGGCGCUCUCGGUUUGAGUCUGAUGCUCGCUACAGGGGGUAGAUCGGGCGACGUCGCAAAGACUAAUGGUUGGAAAGGCCACCAAUUCGCAAAGUACAGCGACUUCACAGUAACGCUUGUGGAAGAUGAGGCGGGAAACGAGGUCUUCGAAUGCGUGGCUGCUUUACGAUAUACAAAAGGCCACAAAGACAGUGCCAACGUUCAACACACGGUUAAACUGAAGCUUCUUUCCAACGAAUUCAAUAGUUGCGAUGCCAUCAAGCUGUUGAUUGUCAUGGCUUUACGCACAGGCAACGUUGAUGAAACAUCCAUCGAAGCUCUGCUCAACUCCACUCGUCAACGUAGAAACAAGACCAUAAUGUGGAAGGAUGGCAGUCUACCAGUACUGAAGGCGGCCAAUGCCGGUCAUGCUCUUAAACUCGAUGUGGCUGCCCCAGAGUCACAACUUCGGCGCGUGCUUCAACAAGCCGCAGCAUUAGUAGGUGUACUCGCCGUACCAGGAACGCAUGAUAUGCGUAGGGGUACAGCCUUCGAGAUGCACAAUUUGCCAUCUACUGAAGAUACAGGAAGCGAGCAGCGUGCACGAAACAUUAUGGGUCAUACGCACAACGCCGCCUUCCGAGGAACAACGUCAAAUUACAUAGGCGGUGCACGAUCUAGCCUUCUGGAGGAACGACUGCAGACGGAUUGGAGUCGAUCAAACAUGACAGCCGCCCAUAGUCAAGCACCUCGAAUCUACAAAGAGCCCGAGUUCAGUACCACGGAGGUUGACCUAUAUCUCCAAAGCAAGAAUCAGUACACCAAAGAUAAGAUUCAGAGAAAGAAAGCUCGCCGCCAUAUGAAGAAAGCGCACCGCGAAGAAUGGCAAAAGGAGAAUGAUCCUUUCCAAAUCGAUGUCGUCGAUCCUAACAAAGAUGACCAAGAUGAGAUACCUAUUGAUCCCCGACUGACUGCGCCAACACUAGAGUCAAGAAAGAGAAGGGUUCUCCCUUGGGUAAAAAAUGACGAACGCAUAACCAGUGCAGCACCGGUACCCAGUGGGAAGCGCAAACGAGCAGCAGAGUCAGACGCCUCAGGCGGUAAAGAUGGGAGCGAAGAGAAGAUUAAUCAUUUGUUGCAAAGCUUUGUCGAAAGCAUCAACUCCGGUACGUCGCUCGACAUUGACAUGUUCGACCAAGAUAUGUUCGACCUAGAGCCUGUCAACGCAGCAACCGACCACACAGGUGCCCAUGGUCAUGUGGAAGACCCCUUCAAACCAAGUGCCUCGAAUAUUUCCACCCCACAACCACUCACUUCUUCAUGUUUCGAAUUCAUUGAUUAUUACUCCAGGGUGAACAUCCAACUGGAUGACGUGGUAUCCAGUACUGGUGGGAGUAAAGAUUCCCCUGUCACAUACCAGUAUUAUUGCAGCAAGCAAUGUGGGUACAGCACCACAAAACGAGUGUUCAUGGUGUUACACGCCGGAGGGUGUACGGGUAAACCAUACUCCCGCACGGUAGCCGACAUACCAUGCUCCGAGAACUGCGGCAAGAUGUAUGCCACCGAGAAAAUUAUGAAAGAGCACGUCCGCACGAUACACAGGUUUAUCCCAAAGCCAUGUCCUCAUGUGAAUGAGUGCGAUCAGACAGUGCUAUACGACACACAAUACAAGCUCAGCUACCACAAAACCUCGGUGCACAAACCGAAAUUUUCUUGUCCUCACUGUCGGGGCACACCCAGUGAAACCAAAACUUAUGAUAAACAGCUUUUCAAACGGCAUUUAUCUCUUCAACAUGGCGUGUCUGGAGUGGCUUUCAAAGCCAUGCUAAAAGGAGAAACUGGCAAUGAUAGAGCGGAGGAGGAGGAGGGGUAA